AUGGAACUAGAUGUAUUGGAUCAUUUAAUCUCAAAUGCAUCAAAAGAAGUGGGCAUCGACCAGCUUUUCGGAUAUUUUAAAAGAAGUGAAGGAAAUUUAGUUCAUGUACUUUUUGGAGUACUCCUGAGGAGAAAGAAAUUUCAGCAGUUCUCCGAUAAACUUCUGCUGCCUCCAGUGCGCCCAUGUGAUGGAGAUAAAAAGUGUCUUAUUAUUGAUUUGGAUGAAACAUUGGUGCAUUCUUCAUUCAAGCCGGUGAGGAAUCCGGACUUUAUAAUACCGGUUGAAAUCGAUAACGUUAUUCAUCAGGUUUAUGUGUUGAAACGGCCGUAUGUGGAUGAGUUUCUGGAAAGGAUAGGUGACAAGUUUGAGUGUGUGUUAUUCACAGCCAGCCUUGCCAAAUACGCCGAUCCAGUUGCUGAUUUCUUAGAUAAACGGGGUGUGUUUCGCGCACGAUUAUUUCGAGAAUCUUGCGUUUUUCAUAAGGGUAAUUAUGUCAAGGAUUUGACAAGACUUGGACGCGAUUUAAAGAAAGUGAUCAUUGUGGAUAAUUCACCAGCUAGUUACGCUUUUCACCCUGAUAAUGCAAUUCCGGUACAAACAUGGUUCGAUGAUGCGAACGAUGUCGAAUUGUUAGAUAUAAUCCCAGUUUUGGAACAACUUGCUGAAGUGGAUAGUAUUUAUACGGUAUUGAGAAACAGUAACGAUGAUAUGCGGCGAAGUAUUUUGUCGGAACAAAUUGAAACCAAUAGGUCAUCUUGA